AUGGUGGUUCUUCUUCAUCUCCAAGAUUUCCAGAAUGCCAACCCUUCUCCAAACACCAACAUUUUACAUUCACUUCUUCAAUAUGCCCUUUCUCAACCUCCUCCAUCAUUGAAACAUGAAUUAUUUUCCAAUCAAUUCGAAUUGCAGCAUACUAUUGGACGUGUGGGCUGGAAUGGUCCCAUCUCAGAAUAUGAAUUACAUAAUCCACGUGAUAUUAAAAUUUCAUACCGUCAUGAGUGUAUCAUUGUGAUUGAAACGUGUCGAGUGAAUGUUCUCCUCAUACGAUUGGCCUUUUUUGAUUUAAAUUCGAAAAAGUUUUUAGGUGUUUUUGAUAGUCCCAGAACUGGAUAUUUAAAUUAUUUGUGUGUUGAGGAGAAUUAUAAUGAAUUACAACAAGAUGCAUUGAUUUUUGGAUGUUUUGAGAAAGCAGGUGUUUACAAGUAUGAUUUACACACCAUUAUGAAAUAUUGUUUACAUUCUAUUCCUUUCAAGAAUGAAGUUAAGGAUGUACAGGGGGAAGAAAAUGUAGUUUCACCAUCACUGGAUCAUGAAUACUUUGAAAAGCCUAAAUGUCAAUAUUUGUGGCAUGUGACAGAUCCCAUUCGUCAUCCAUGUGGAAUUGCUGUAUGUGAGCAAGAAAAGAACAAGCACUCUUCUUCAAUGAAUCAUGUCUAUGUUUGUGACUCUGAUGCUUGCUGUAUUCACAUUUUGAAUUCAAGAAAUGGGUCAUACAUUUCGAAACUUGACAUUUCCAAUAUGGAUCCAACCGUUUCAAUCAGUGGUGAUCAGAAAAUGCAUCCUUUUGGAAUUGCAUUUGCCAUGGAUCAUGUGACUGGAAAUCAAACUCUUUUCGUGAGUUGUAAUCCUGCUCAAAUUCAAAUUUUUGAGAAGAGACGAAAAAUUCCAUCCAUUCGUGACGAAUGUUUGAAUUGUUUUAAAAACCACAAACAAGAAGAAUGGAUGUUUGUGAAACAAGUGGGACAGUCUGGAACACAGAAUGGUGCCUUUAACGAUCCAAAUGCUCUUGCUGUUAUUUGUUCCAAUCAAGAAUUCCUCAUUUAUGUUUCCGAUUUUAGAAAUCAUAGAAUUCAAGUCUUUUCAUGGAAAGGAAAUAGAAAUGUGAAGGACACGACUAUACCUCUAAUGUCAAGCGAUUGGGAACACGUAAAAUCCUUUGGUACUUGUGGAAGAGGUCAACGUCAUUGUUUAUAUUUUCCAUUUUCAUUAUGUCUCAACAAGAAUUCUGGUGAAUUAUUAGUGACAGAUUCAAGUAAUUCAAGAAUACAAUUUUUCAAAUAA